CGUCCUUUAAUACCAGAAAUUUUUAAAGCGUCGACCUUAGUCGACUGGAAACUUUCGUUGCAUGUCUACGAGUCCUGGUAACCGGAUUACGAGUCUUUUUGACAGGGGAAACUUUUCCCCAUCGAUAAACCGCAGCUGUCCGUAGGUGGCGAGCUUUCCACACCGUGACCAUUGCAUAAUAACGUAUCCACAAGCAUAGCUAAGGAGUUACUUCGUAAACUAAACUCAGUCGAAUAAGCUCACGAUCGGAUCACGCCGACCGGUUCACCAUGCUCCUGCGGGAAUCCUUUUUCGGCCAUCUCGUUAUCGCCGUCGUCAUACUCUCGCGAUUCGCCUGGGCACAAAGUUGGGAAGAAUCGAACGACGUAGACGAUAGCGGAUCAUCUCGGUCGUGGUCGGGCAGUAGAGGUAAAUAUUUUUGGGAGAAUCAGCCGAAAACUCGACGGAAUGAUAUGUCGAGUCCCGAGGAUUGUGCGAGGGCCUGCGAGGACGGAGAACCACCUAGAUUUUGUUACUAUCAAUUCACCAUGGAAUUUUACACGACUAUGGGCAGAGCCUGUGAACUCUGCAAGCCAAACAACACCAACCAGAUCACAAACGUACCAAGUUGUCAGUGCGUCGAAGCCGAUGGCGUUGAAAGAGGGAUGUUAGCCAUCAACAGAAUGUUGCCUGGGCCGAGCAUCCAGGUCUGUCUGAACGACAGGAUAAUUAUCGAUGUUCAUAAUAAUAUCGAAGGUAUGGAAGUCGGCCUUCAUUGGCAUGGAAUCUGGCAACAGGGUUCUCAGUACUACGACGGAGUUCCACUUUUAACACAGUGCCCAAUUCCGUCGGGAACGACGUUCAGGUACCAAUUUAUCGCUGGUAACGCGGGAACUCAUUUCUACCACUCGCAUGCUGGCAUUCAAAAGAUAGACGGACAAUACGGAAGCCUUAUCGUUCGACAAUCACCGAGAAUGGAACCUCACAUGAAACUCUACGACGAGGAUCUACUGACUCACGUGAUUCUCUUGAGUGACUGGAUGCACGAAAUGAGUUCGGAACGGUUUCCCGGACGCGUGAAAAAUAAUCCUGGACAAAUACCAGAGAACGUUCUCAUCAACGGAAAAGGACGAUGGACGGAUCCAACUACAAAAAAAAGAACUCAAGUUCAGCUGGAGUCGUUCCUGGUUCAAUCCGGGAAAAGAUAUCGUUUCAGGAUGAUCAAUUCCCUCAGCUCCGUUUGUCCCGUUCAGAUGACCAUCGAAGGACAUUCUGUCUUACUUAUCGCGCAGGAUGGGGAGUCCGUCAAACCAGUACCCGUGAAUACAAUUACCUCGAGCUCUGGAGAACGAGUGGACUUCAUCCUGACCGCUGAUCAGGCCGUAGGUGCCUACUGGAUCCAAGUUAAAGCGCUAGGAGAGUGCAUCAGAUUUAAUCCGAAUCAACUUGCAAUCCUCAGGUACGCCAGAGGUCCGGAAUAUCCGCAAACUCCAGAGCCAGGGUACCAACUUGGACUUGAACCAGGAAGGAUUUACAAUCCUCUAGACGGUAACUGCGAAACGGUCCGAAACAACGUAGUCUGUGCGAAUCAAUUGAAGUCCGUCGAUACGGUAUCGAAGGAGAUCAUGAAAGCACAAGCCGAUCAUCGUAUCAUAUUACCCUUCCAAUUCUUCUCUUACAAUGACACGAUCAAAGAACUUUUCAAACCUGGAACCUACUCUCGAUAUUUGGUUGCGGCAGACGCGGAUCACAUAACGAGUAUAGUCGAUGGAAUUUCUUUUUCAUUUCCGAAAGUACCGCCAGUUUCCCAACCCGUAACAUCGUCCGAUACUUGCAAUCGGAAUAAUUUACCGAAGAACUGCGGCACCGUUUGUCAAUGUCCCCAUACUCAUCACAUAAAAAGAGGUGCAAUUGUCGAGGUCGUCAUGUACGAUGAAGUUUCUCAACCCAUGUUGGGCCACCCGUUUCAUCUGCACGGCUACUCUUUUCGGAUACUGAAGAUCGGAAGCUUCGCAGAUAAAAGGAACAUUUCCAGAAGUGACAUCAACGCGGUUCUUCAAGAACACCAGAGAAUGCUAGAUUCAGCGGGUUACCAACAACCACCGGGAAAGGACACGAUAUUCGUCCCGCAAGCUGGAUACGUUGUAUUCCGAUUCAAGGCCGACAACCCCGGUUGGUGGCUGUUCCACUGUCAUUUUCUCUACCACGUAUCCAUCGGAAUGAACGUAAUUUUCCACGUCGGUCAACAACAGGACAUGCCACCGGUACCGCCUGGUUUUCCCAAGUGCUACAGCUACACACCACCGGUGGAUAUGAGAGUCGAGAAGAAGCCGGUUGGGUGGUAAGAAAUUGGACGACCGAACGACGUUCGAGUGAGGGGUAAAUAAAUAUUCUAAAAUGAAGUGAGAAAUUUCUUUGGAUUUGAAAAAAUUGAGAUAUCAAAAGACGUACCCUAUGCUUUGAUGAUGACUGUGUCAGAUGCAUUAGAAUUUCGCAAGUUUUUUUGUAUGUCAGCGAACGACUUCUGUUUCGUUUCGGGUAGGACGAAAUAAAAAAAUAAUCCCGCUAG